UUCUCUGUCUACCUUAGCCCCCUUCUAUCUCUCUCUUCCUUUGUGGUAUAAUAAACAGCAACCCAACAAUCCAGAGGAUCAGAUGAAGGUGGGGUUCUAAAUAUAUAUUUUCUCUUAUCAAGAAUCCUCUGAUCCGUCAAAUAUCCAUCAAUCAAUCAAAUCCAAACACACCCAAAAAGGAGAUCGAUCAACAACAACAAGAAGAAAAGCAUGUCAAUGUCCAUGUCUUCCCCUUCAGCUGCUUUUUCACCGGACCACCUCUCCCCUUCCGACCACCUCUGUUAUGUCCAAUGCGACUUUUGUAACACUGUCCUCGCGGUCAGUGUUCCUUACACGAGCAUGUUCAAGGUCGUCACUGUUCGAUGUGGUUACUGUACCAAUCUCCUGUCCGUCAACAUGCGCUCUCUCCUCAUUCCGACGGCGAACCAGCUUCAGCUCGGCCCUCACUCCUUCUUCAAUCCCCAGAACAUUCUUGAGGAGCUAAGAGAUGCGCCAUCAAACGUGAAUAUGCUGGUGAAUCAGCAUCCAAGCCCAAAUGACAUACCGUCCUUCAUGGAUAUUCGAGGCCUUGAUCAACAACUUGAGAUUCCGAAAGCACCACCAGUCAACCGACCUCCGGAGAAAAGACAGAGAGUCCCAUCUGCCUAUAACCGCUUCAUCAAGUAUUUAUACAUGUGCAGGGAGGAGAUCCAACGUAUCAAAGCUGGAAAUCCUGAUAUAAGCCACAGAGAAGCCUUUAGUGCUGCUGCCAAGAACUGGGCCCACUUCCCACACAUACACUUCGGGCUUGCACCAGACAAUCAGCCCGUGAAGAAGGCUGAGAUUACAAACCAGGAGGGAGAGGGCGUGGUCAUGAAAGAAGGGUUCUACACUCCUGCAGCCAAUGUUGGUGUGGCACCCUUUUAGAGGUUCCGUCGAGUAAUAUGGAAAUCCAAUUUAGGGUUUCUCCCUUCAUGAGUUAUUAUAUAAUGUGUCAUCUUAUGCCGUGUAAUCAACUGUUUGUUGCUGGUGUUUGCGUUAACUGUUAUUGUAUAAUUAGGAGACUGCUUAAACUAAAUAUCACUGAUAUUAUUAAUUCCUUGCCUUUUAUCA